AUGGGCGAGGAGAGCUUGUUCCGGUCGGCGGCAAUGUCGCUGAUCCAGCUGUACAUUCCGUCGGAGAGUGUGCAUGCUACCGUGACCGAGCUCGGUGAGCUGGGAAACGUGCAGUUCAAGGACCUCAACCCCGAUGUCGCCCCGUUCCAGCGGACGUUUGUCGCGGACAUGCGCCGCCUCGACGAUAUGGACCGCCGCGUGCAGUUCCUCGACGCGCAGCUUGAGAAGGAGUCGAUUCCUGCGCGGCCCCUCGAAAGCGCGAUUCCGUUCCUGUCGCUCGGCGGCGAGGAUGCGACGCGCACACCGAUGUUUAUGGAGAAGCUCGCCAAGCAGCUCCAAGAGUACGAGGAGCGCAUCGCGCAGAUGAACGGCAGCUACGAGUCGCUGCAGCGCCGCCUCCAAGAGCUGGAGGAGUCGAAGCACGUCAUCCGCGAGACCGCCGUCUUCUUCCAGCAGGCCGAGGCGCAGCCGGAGCAGGUGCGUGUGAGCAUCGACGACGACGACCACGCGCCGCUCCUGGACGGCGAGCGCGCGCGCGGCGUGCAGGGCAUGAGCGGCCCGCCCCCUGCCUUUGACCUCGAGUUCGUCGCGGGCACGAUCGACCGCGCGCAUAUGGCGACGCUCGAGCGCAUCUUGUGGCGCGCCCUGCGCGGCAACCUGUUUAUGAACUACGCCGAGAUCCAGCAAAGCUUCGAGGACCCGUCGAGCGAGGAGACCGUGUACAAGAACGUGUUUGUCAUCUUUGCGCACGGCACGAGCGUCCUGGCCAAGAUCCGCAAGAUUUGCGAGGCGAUGGGCGGCACGCUCUUCCCGGUCGAGUCGGACGCCACGCAGCGCGAGGCGCGGCUGCACGAGGUGCUCGAGCGGAUCGAGGACCACGAGAAUAUCCUGUAUAGCACCAACGCGGCACGGCGCACCGAGCUCGUCAAGGUCGCCGAGUCGAUCCGUGCCUGGGGCGAUCUCGUGCGCAGGGAGAAGCUCGUCUACUCGACCAUGAACGACUUCCAGUACGACCCGCGGCAAAAGACGAUGGUCGCCGAGGGCUGGACGCCGACGGCGGACCUGCCGUCGGUGCAGCUCGCGCUCCGCCGCGCGACCGAAGACACCGGCGCGCACGUCUCGUCGGUGAUGCAGACGAUGCAGACAAAAGAGACGCCGCCGACACACCAGCUCGUGAACAAGUUCACCGAGGGCUUCCAGGCGAUCAUCGACGCGUACGGCUUUGCUACCUACCAGGAAGUGAACCCGGGUCUCUUUACGGUUAUCACCUUUCCUUUUCUCUUUGCGGUGAUGUUUGGCGAUAUCGGGCACGGUAUCCUGAUUCUGCUCGCGUCGGGCGCCAUGGUGCUGCACGAAAAGAAGCUGCUGCGCACCAAGCUCGACGAGAUUACCUCGAUGUUCUUCUACGGCCGCUAUAUUAUCGUCAUGAUGGGCGCAUUUGCCGUGUUCACCGGCCUGCUCUACAACGAUAUCUUUUCGCUCUCGAUGCACCUCUGGCACACGGGCUGGGAGUGGCCGCGCGGCAACGGCUCGCUGACCGCCGAGCCGACGGGGCGCGUGUACCCGAUCGGCCUCGACCCGACAUGGCACGGCGCAGAGAACAACCUCGUGUUUACCAACUCGCUCAAGAUGAAGCUCUCCAUUGUGCUGGGUGUCGCGCACAUGACAUUUGCGCUGUUCCUCAACGUGCCCAACGACCUGCACUUUAAGCGCAAGUCGUGGAUCGUCGCCGAGCUCCUGCCGCAGGUGCUCUUUAUGGAGUCGCUCUUUGGCUACCUCGUCAUUACGAUCGUCUACAAGUGGGCCGUGGACUGGUACGCGGUCGACGCGAGCGGCAACACGCGCAACUCGCCGCCGGGCCUGCUCAACAUGCUUAUCUACAUGUUCCUCAAGCCGGGCGUCGUGGACAAAGAGUCGCAGCUCUACUCGGGCCAGGCGACCGUGCAGUCCUUCUUGCUGCUCCUCGCGCUGGUCUGUGUGCCGUGGAUGCUAAUCGCAAAGCCCUACCUGCUCUACAAGGAGCACAAGGCGCGCGCGGGCUACCAUGCCGUCGGCUCGAACCGCGGCGAGCAGCGCGUCGACCAGAACGACGACGAGCGCGAGCUCCUCGACGAGGCGCCAGAGGAGGAAGAGGAGGAGGAAGAGUUUGAGAUCGGUGAGGUGGUCAUCCACCAGAUCAUCCACACGAUCGAGUUCUGCCUCGGAUGCAUCUCCAACACCGCGUCUUACCUGCGUCUGUGGGCGCUCUCGCUGGCGCACGCGCAGCUGUCGCAGGUCUUGUGGGACAUGACGAUCAAGAACGUGUUUGGCAUGACGGGCGUCUUUGGCGUCUUUGCCACCGUCUUUGCCUUCUCGCUCUGGUUCAUCCUGACCAUCUUUAUUCUCUGUGUGAUGGAGGGCCUCUCGGCCUUCCUGCACGCCCUCCGCCUCCACUGGGUCGAGGCGGGGUCCAAGCACUACCAGGCGACCGGCUACCCCUUUGAGCCGCUCACCUUUGAGGAAGUCGACGCAUAG